AUGAUUUCUGUAAAGUUUGCACGGUUUGCAGUAACUGUAAAUGAGCAAGAUAGAAAUGCUCUGAUGGAAUUCGUUCUAAAUAGAGGAGGAAAUAUCACAGAGUGCUUUGAACCGGGAGAAGAAACGCGCGAAACCCCAGGUGAAGCGCACGAAUCUUCGGCUUCUCAGAAAAAUGGUGAAGGUGGGUAUCAUCUUAACGUUUUACACAACGUGACGUGGAUAAGUCUUAAGAAUCACUAUUCCGUAAUCUUUCCAUUAAUUUCUAGAAAACCAAAGCAUCACAACAAGACCCCCAAAAGAUAUAGCAAAUGAUAUGAAUGCUUGGCUACAUAAGAAUGGCGUGUGUCAGUCAUUGUUUGCCGGCGAAGUACUCGGUCGGAAACCUGAUGCGUUGAGAAUGCCACCAGCAGAGCUCCCAAAGGGUCAGGGAAAAUUUUUAUGGGAAAAGAUGGAAAAGUUCCUACAAGAUAAGUGCGGGCAGGAACAGCUCAUCGCCCUGAAAAAAGGUACGUGGUUUAAAGGUCUAUGCAAUUCAUGUUAAUCGAUUUCGAAAAUAUGGCCAGGUAGAAGGAUAAAACCGUGGGCCAGGAAUUAAACCUUAAAUUAAUUAAGGCCACGUUUUUUGGAAGUUCAAGUCGUCGAAACUGAACUAAGACUUAUCUUGUUGCCAGGAAAACGAAAGUCAAAUGAAAAUGCAGCUUCAGCAUCGUCGAAGAAAAGAGUGGUAUUUAAAGAGUAUCAGUUGUCUGGAUUGAGGCAGGCCUUUCAAGGAACUAAUGGCCAUGCAAGCCCAGAGUUGACAGAAACAUUGGCCGAGACUCUAGACUUGGAGGCGAAACAAUUAAAA